AUGGUAUACGUGCUGGAGAAUAAUGAACCAAGUAAGUUUGUGAUGAAUUUAGGAAAGGUCUUUAGUUAAUGUUGUAAGACUAGAAUAGACUGUGUGUGAGAGAAAAGACAAACAGUUAAAAAAAGAGGAAAAGGCAGAGUAACAAAUGCUAAACCUAAAAAUAUUAAACAAAGCCUGUUAUGUUGAGUUAAAAAGGUUUUAUCUCUGCCACUUUGCUUGCAGCUACAGACUUUUGAACUCCUACUUUUGCACAAUAACUUUUCCGUUUACUGUACUCUAAUUUAUCAAAAACUUUUGUUUGUUUCAGUUAUAAAUCACGAACUGUUCACCCACACUCGCACCGUGUUCGACACAUUCGGAAGAAUGUUAAACUGGAACCAAGGAAGACUCAAGGUAAACAUCUUCUUCCAAGUCUUUUACAAAGGCGCAGUUGACGAGAAGUUGGCAAGAAAAAUGACGGAAUAUAUUGGCUACGAAUGUUGCUACAACGGCGAAGUCGGCCUAGAUGUAUCGAUGUCUAAUGUAGAUUUGGAACUGACUGUAUCACCACAAUAA